AUGGAGCAGCGUACGCCCAGCAAGACCACAGGGGGCACUCCUUUCUCGCCCCAGAGCGCCAAGAGCACGGGCCGCCAGAAGAGCGCUAGCAAGGGACGCCGCGCGUCUGGCCCUCUGGCCAGCCUGCCCUCCAACGUCCAGUCAGACCUGCCAGCGCUUGAGGACGCUGGCGAGGAGGUGGCGCAGGCCGCCCCCGAGAGGGCCACACGCGGCGCCCGCGGCGGAGCUGCCACGCCGUCCAAGGGCGGCGCCAGCGAGCUGCCGACGCUGCGGGAGGAGGAGGAGAGCGAGGGGGCCGAGAACGCCGGCGGCGGCGCCGGGGGGGCGGCGCCGAGGCGGCGUAUGCAGGCCGCUCGGCGCGGCGCGGCUGGCAGCGGCGGCGGCGGCGGGGGCGGCGGCGACGAUGACGACAGCAUGGACGUGGACGGGGAUGCCGGCGGUGCGGGCGCCGGCAACGGGGGCGGCUUCCCGGCGGCUUCCCAGGGCACGGCCCGCACCCCCGAGCGCAGCCGCGGCGGCGGCGGCGAGGCCGCGUCGCACGACGCCGCCGGCCUGACGCCCGGCGCGGCGGCGCUGCGCACGCCGCUGUCGGUGCCGCGGCCCGAGUUUGGCCGGCCGCUCGGCGGCGGGAGGGGCGCGAGCUCGAUGGGACCGGAGGAGAGCGGCGAGCAGAGGUUCAUCUGGGGCAGCAAGUUCCGCACCUCGGACAUGCAGUCGCGCGUGCGCCGCUUCCUGGUGACAUUUUACGACCCCACGCGCGACGCGGCCGCGGCGGCGGCGGGCUCCGCGCGGCAGCCGACCUACAUGCAGCUGCUCAGAGAGAUGGUCAUGGACGGCCGCUUUGGCCUCAACGUGGACAUGGAUGACGUGUACGCCUGCGACAGGCUGCUCUACCAGGUCACGGUGGACUACCCCACUGACAUGAUCCUGGUGUGGGACGAGGAGGCCACGGCACAGGCGAUGGAGCUGGUGCAGGAGCUGGGGGACGACGCCCCGCCCCUGGAGGAGGCCGUCCAGGUGCGUCCGUUCAACCUGCGUGCGGAGCACACGCGCGCCAUCCGCGACCUGGACCCGCUCAACCUGGACACACUGGUGGCGGUGCGCGGCAUGGUGACAAGGACGGGCACCAUCAUCCCAGACCUCAG